AUGAAGCUCUACUGCUGGAUAUGGGUCGCCUUUUACACAUAUUGCCUUGGAGCACAGGCGAUGAACUACAACGGCUCGUCGGGCAUGGCCAGAUAUCCCACCAGCGGUACCUGCGGAGGACCAUAUAACCUCGGGCAACUUCCCAUCGGUACCCAAGUUGUGAUAUCGACCAAUACGAAGCCAUCCAACUAUCCGCCCAAUCUCUACUGUGAAUGGGACAUCGUGGUCUCCCCUGGCUCCUUAAUUCGGCUUGACUUUACCUAUUUUGAAACAGAAUGCGGAUGGGACUAUGUGACCAUCGAAGACUCCAAUGGCUUCUUUGCGAAUCUCUGCGGCAAUCGAGAUCUCACUCAGGGCCUCCAGACCACGUUCUCCAGCAGCGCCUCAAGCUUGAGUGUGAUCUUCACUUCAGAUUCCUCUAUAAACGCCAUGGGCUUUGAAGCUAUAAUAACGAUUCUAGACCAAGCCAACACAUCUACCGCCGGGUAUCGCCCUUUUACCCCAAGAACCCAGCUCUCGGCUACAUACGAUACCAGCAGCGAUGUACUGUACCAGAACAUGGCAAACAUUUGCGUCGUUACAGUUCGUCUGAGCGAACCGCCGUAUGUUUCUAAAACGGCUCAAUCUUUUAUCCAGUCGAUGUAUAUAUUCGGAGGGCAUUCAAAUUCACCAACGGACGUGCUAUACAACGACUUGUUUGUUUACAACUUUGCUUCGCAAAAUUGGACUACUUUGAUGUCGGUCGGUGCCACGCGACCAUCAGGAAGAUACGGUCACAGCUCAGCGGUGUACAAUGGGAACAUUUUGAUAUUUGGUAGCGCAACGCAGCCCUUCGAGAUUUGGGCAUACAGCCUAGGGAGCUUCCAAUGGGUCGCUGGGCUUAGCAACGACUUUGGUGUAUUUUCCGGAGCCGCUCUAUAUCAUGCGACAACCAAUACGAUCCGUGUGUACGGAGGCAUCCGAUCCGACUCUGGAGACGCCAAUUUAGAGCUCAUAUAUGACCUCGACUCUGGCUAUUGGCAUCACUGGAAUGCAUCGCAAAAUUUUCUGUCGUCCAAAAUGGGGCUGACGGCCACAUACGCAAGCCUCGACUAUGCUGUGGUUUGGGGUGGACUUCAAUUGGACAUUUAUGGUUUAAAUGAGCAAGUCAACAAAUGCCUCUUUGGGGCUGUGCAGAUCCAGGACCUUGUCGGCGGAUGGUCAGGAAUCGCCCUCAACGACAUACAAUUCAUUCCACUAAACGUGAGCUCGGUCGAUUCAAGCGUGCGGCAGGCCCUGAGAAACACCGAGUGCGUUUUCUCCUACCAAAAGGCAUCCGGGCUUUCGUUCAGCUCCGAGUUCAUGCCGCUCCCAGAGGCUACAAACGCCAUUUACAAUCCCAGCAGCUGCCCCACAACGUAUCCCCUCCAGCUUGGAAGCAAUCCAAACAUCACGAUUGGACCCGGCGCAUCGCAAGUGUUUUACAUUUAUAUCGAUUUGCCCUCUGCUGAUCUCUACUUCACAGCAAACAUUCUUUCACCCAGCGAUGCGGUGCUCGCGAUCGAUUUCAUCUCACUUCAUAAUGCGGUGUUUGCACCGCUCCAAGGCACUUCCAACCAAAUUUAUAUCUCAGAUUCAUCGAUUUUCAAGUACAGCGGCCCAUAUAUCUUUCGACUUACCAACCAAGACUCCACUAGCCCGAUCCUCUUUGACUUUACGGUAUCGCAGCAACCCGUAUCCACCAACAACCCAAACAUAUUUUCAUCGGGCGGCGCGGGUGCUUUAGACAUUAUUACAUUUGUCGCCAUCUUUCUUGGCAGUUUGCUCACAUCGCUAGCAAUCACAUAUUUCCUCAACCGCGCGCGUGAUCGAGUUGCAUACUAUCGCCAAGUUGCUGCAGGACGCUUUAUUCCUCCUCCGCCACUGCCACCCACGUUAUGGAAAGUCGAAAUGGGACUCUCGGCAGAGAUGUUGCACCAAAUCGAAGAAGAGUACGCAGGACUCGCUGCUAGUGGCAUAUCAAAAACCUGCGCGGAGGAGCCUCUCGAAUGGCCACUUUCGGUCGAGCGUAUUGAGGAAUCGAGCCAGAACCACCUCUCCGUGGCUGCUGUGAACUACAUGAUUAUCUUCCCAGGCAGUGCUGGCCAUAUUGCUUCUGGCUCGUUGCCUCCGUAUGCGAUUGGAAGCAGAUUUGAGCUCUGCAAAGAGAAUGCCGAACCGAACCACGACCCAAAGAGCGCCGCAUCAGCCGUGAAAAAGGGAUGGCGGCGUUUAUCCUUGGCCUUGAAAAAGGCCAUGCCAUUCAAGUAG